AUGACGCCCACUCCUGCCUUCCCAAGGGCGCGCGCACGAUUUGACUUGCCGCCACCUCCAUCCGACCUUCUCCAGACACCCGCACCAAGGAGCAUCGCCGAAGAUGACGACCUCACAACGCCUGCGACACGUCGCCGUUCGUUCCUCUUGUCCAUUGUCAACUCGAGCUCCCGACCUCGUAUGAAGACGGGUACUCCUCAUCCAAAUCGCUUCGUGCCAGCUACACCGAGCAUAGCCGAGUCCACUCCCAGAGCAGAAGUGGAAGAGUCAGGGUCAGCGAGUACUGCAUCGGGCGGCCCUGCCCUUCGGGCUGCCUUUGCAGGAUUGACCCCUCGCCCGAGAGCCCCAAUUGGGAACGCAAGGAGGAUUUCCCAUCCUCUCUCCCAGACUAUCACCGCGGACUCGCCUCACACUUCAGACUCAGAGUCUCAAUCGGCGGCGGGCCCGCCGUCUGCCAUUCGACGAUGGGGUACCCCCCAAGCUGUGAACUCACCGUACGAUGGUCUCAACGACAAGGCUUCGUUCGUAUCAACGGCCUCUUCGCACGAUUUGACGACCCAUCAUCGAGUCAACACCUCCUUCGACCCAGCUAUGGGCUUUGGGACUGCAGCUCAAGGCCACGGUGUCGGUCGCUUCAAUGCGGGGAAGCUUAACAAUUACCUUCACAGUCUCAAUCGAAAACUGCAGGAAGAGAAUGAGGCUCUCUUGGCUCGCCUUAGGAAGGUCGAGGAGGAGAAGGGAAGUCCCAGUGCCGACAGGGAGGAGUUGUCUAUGGAGAGCAAUCGAAGAUUCAGCGGGGCAAGUCGUCGCGUGAGUGCGGGUGGCACAUUGGACCACGUUCAAGAGGAUAUGGCGGAGUCUUGGUUGGAGGAGAAGGCGGAGCUCGAGGAGAUGGUGGAGGGAUUAAAGGGGGAAGCGGAGAAGUAUCUGGAGGAGAAGGAAGAAGUCGAGAAGGAGCUGGAAAAGGAGAGAGAGGAAAGACAGAGGGACAAGGAGAGAUGGGAGGAAAGGAUGAAGGAGGCGGAAGAUGGUGUUGCCAAGAUCCUGGCCGACCUGGAGAAGAGGCUCAGUGCUGCGCAGAACAAGGUUGAAGCCACCGAAGAGCGAACUUCGCAGCAGCUCAAGGAGGCGGAGAGGGAGAUGGAGGCGCUGCGAGGGGAGCUGGACGAGGCGACCGAGCGAGCUGACAAGGCGGAGCGUUUGCUGGAGAACGGAAAGGACCUUGGAGGAGCUUUGAAAGAGGCCAAUGAGCGUGUCACGCAGGUCAUGGGCGAUUUGCGCAAUGCCAACUCUCAGAUCAAGGAAUUGGAAGAGGAAGUCGUCCGAGCUGACCACCGUAUCGACGAAUUGGAGAAGGAACUGGCGGAGGACAAGGAUGUCAUUGCGAACCUCGAAGAGGAGGUAGCCUCCCAAACUGAUGCCCUCGAGAAAGAACACGAGAAGGUCAAGACUUUGGAGAACUCACUGACUGAACUGGAGAACGAGCUGAAUGCGACCAAGGAGUAUGUGAACGAGCUGGAAGAGGGCGCCACCAUCGCAGUUGAACAAAUCGAGAAACUGGAGCACGACCUUGCACAGGCCCAAGAGACUAUUGACGCCAUGACCGCCGCAGAAGAAAACACGGCCAAGAUGAUCAAGGACCUCGAAGAAGAAAACCAGCGGGCACAAGAUCUCCACAGCCAACUUGAGGAAGCCUUGCAUCAAGCGGAAAGCAAGGCGUCCGAAGAUGCCGAUACGAUCUCGGAGCUGGAAUCCAAGGUGUCCUCUCUGGAACGCGAACGUGAUCGAUGGAAGCAACUUGCCGAUGCGCCUCGCGAACCAUCCUUGAAACUGGAGAAUGGUCCUACCGAAGAGGAACUCGAGGCUUUGGAGCAUGAACUGGACGAUGCCCACAAGGAAAUUGCCCGCCUAAAGGCAACUCUUGCCCAGUCACCAGCACGGAAGGCGUUGGACAAAGCUAAGGAUGCGAAGAUCGAGUUGUUGGAGAGGGAGAAGGAGGAGCUUUUGGAACGCAACAAGGCUCUCCGAAUGACUCUGAACGAGACGCAGACUCCAGGACGGGUCACCAACUCGAGCAUGAUGUCACCCAUCCAUCGACAUGUUCUGUCAAUGUCGAUUCGAGCACCUCGAACGCCCGGUGCACCCUUGCGCGAUCUCUCGUGGCUUAACAGCACGGCCCAUGACCCCUCUGUCUCACCCUUGAUUGCUGAGAUCAACCGCUUGCAACAUGAGCUCGAAGUGGCCAACGAAAGUAUCGACGACAAGCUCGACAAACUUGAGGAUGCUGGGCUGGGUGUUGUUGGGCUCACUAGGAAGCUGGAGGAUGCACGGGCGAGAAUCUCCGAGCUCGAAGACGAGUUGGCACGCCUUUCAAGAAAGGAAGACCGUCAGAUGCGUCGUUUGUCGAGAGCUCGAUGCAAGAAGUGUAACAUCAAGCUUGACUUCCAAAGGCUCACUGCUGAUGAAAGCAUGACGGACAUCUCGAGGGAUACGAUUGCUACUGAGCCCCCUACUCCCCCGACCAGGACUACGGAGGCUCUCAGAGAGCAACUGUAUGCCGCCAACGCCAGUCUCGAACAUCUUCGAGAGGAAAUGGAAGAGCUGCAAGCCGAUAAUAAGCGCCUCGGAGGGCAGAUCAGGAAUGCGAAGGCUGAAAUCAAGAGGGCCAACGAGAGCAAGCGUGUCGGUGACAGCGUUCAUGGAGAGCUUGAAAAGGCUAAGGAAACUAUCGCCGAGUUGGAAGAUGCGCUCGCCGCCGAGCGCGCUAAAUUGCGGGCCAUCACUGCAGAACAAGCUAAUGUCGAGAAAGAGAAGAAGGCGGUAUUGAAAAACCUUCGCUUGACUGAAUCGGACAUGGAGGAAGUCAAAAAUCAACUUCAGAAGCUUAAGCGGGAGAACCACGAACUCGAAAAGGAGCUUCGACUGAAUAGCACUGCCGAACAAAAGGCACGUCUAUUGGAGACAAAGGUUGCUGAGAACCUUGAGACCAUUGCCCAACUGCGUCAAGAGCGUUCACUCUUGGCCACCGACCACAAGUCUCUGCAACAGCGGUAUUCAGAGUUGGCGGACACCGUUAAUCGACUCCGAGAGGAGCAUGCUGCGCAUUCCACCUCUCAUGACCAAAGGCGACACAAACUCGACCUACAAGUGCUCGAGAUCGAAGAACUCAAACAAGCUCUCGAUGCCCGGUCUUCACAACUGCAAAAGGCUGAGCAAGAAAAGGAGCGUAUCGCGUCUGAGAAGAGUGAUGUAGCCAGGACGGUGGCUAGCCUCGAAGCUGAUUUGCGGCGCGUUAGACGAGAUGCGGAAGCCUUUGGGCGAGAUCUCAAGAGCUUGAAAGCGGAGAAGGAGAGACUCGAGCUCAAGCUUAAGGACGAGGUGGCUAAAGGAGAACGAGCUAAAAAGCAGAGCUCAACUCAAGUCAAGUUGUUGAAUGAGCAACUUGAAUCGCAGAAGAGGAAACUUGCCAGGGCUAUGGAAGAGUUUGAAAACCAUGUUUGCACUGGAGCUGACGAGGCGCAGAUUUCGGCAUUGAAGAUAAAGCAUCAUAAAGAGUGCAAGGGCCUCAUGGUGCAGAUCAAAUAUCUGAAAGCCAAAUUUACUAGAGAGUCGUCCUUCAGGGAGGAUUUGGCAUACCAGAAGAAUUAUCUCCUGGAGCUCCUGGGUCGAUCCGAGAAGAGCGAACGCAAGAUUUAUGCUUCAAUAGCACGAAUCGGCUUCCCUGUUGCACCCUCACAACCUAAACUCGGCCGCAGGCUGAAGAGCAUCGCCCAUUUAAUCGUCUUCGUCAACCGGACACAGAAAGGAAGUUCAGAAUGGAGAAGAGAGCGCACCGCGAAAGCAUCAAUCAACGCCGCUCUCGAGGACGUCCGUCGUCGAAGAGCAAUUGGCUCGUCAUGAUCAAUCGUUUCACCAUCUCGCUUUCAUAUGCCGUUUUCGAAUCUGAAAUAUUUUAGUUGUAAUACUUACUUUGUGUAUCAUAGCAUUAGAGCAUUUGUCGUGUAUUUUAUUUUUAUUGCAUUUUC